CACUUCUAGUGAGACAGGUCGUCAUAGUUCGAUUCACAGCCGCCAGAUGGACACAGGUCAAACGAGACUUGCGUUUAUUCUGAAUAUCUUUACUUUUCUUACAGUAAUACUAGAUUUAAUUGAACUAAAAAUGUUAAAGGUAAAUAAAGAAACCAAAACAAUGACUUAAAAUACCAUGGUUAGUCUCAAAUUUCAAACGAGAAAACACGAGAAUUGAUUACAUGUGUUGCUGAAGGUCGCCAUUUUUUUGCCGGUGCUCAAAAAUAAUAUAUUUUGUUGAAUAUGGAUCCUAAGAAGAUGGCAGAUAUGGCUGGGAGGCUGAAAGGGGCUGGGAGAGGUCUACCAACAGGCCUUGGCCUUCUUGCAGCUGCAGGAGGACUGGCAUACGGCCUUUAUAAUUCCAUGUAUACAGUGGAGGGAGGUCACAGAGCUAUAAUGUUCAACAGGAUAGGUGGCGUGCAAGAUUAUAUAAUGUCAGAAGGACUUCAUUUUAGGGUGCCAUGGUUUCAGUAUCCUAUUAUAUAUGACAUCAGAACAAAACCAAGAAGAGUAGCAUCUCCAACAGGAAGUAAAGAUUUACAGAUGGUUAAUAUAUCACUCCGUGUGUUGACUCGCCCCAUGCAGACAAUGUUACCACAAGUGUACAGACAACUGGGCCAGGAUUAUGAUGAGAGAGUACUGCCAUCUAUUGUUAAUGAAGUUUUAAAAAGUGUUGUUGCAAAAUUCAAUGCUUCCCAGCUUAUUACGCAGCGUUCUCAGGUCAGUUUGCUUAUACGUCAAGCCCUUGUAGAGCGAGCCAAGGACUUUCAUAUUAUACUUGAUGACGUGUCUAUCACGGAGCUGAGCUUUGGCAAGGAGUACACUAAUGCUGUUGAAGCUAAACAGAUUGCACAACAAGAUGCCCAAAGAGCCCAGUUCUUUGUGGAACGUGCCAAGCAGGAACGACAACAGAAAAUAAUCCAAGCUGAGGGAGAAGCAACAUCAGCUAGUUUGAUAGGUGAAGCUAUAUCUAAUAACCCUGGAUACCUGAAGCUGAGAAAACUAAGAGCAGCACAAAACAUAUCUAGAACAAUUGCCCAGUCUAAGAACCGUGUCUACUUGAACGCAGGCAGUCUAAUGCUGAACAUUGUGGACGAGGAAUUUGAUAAGACACUAGAGGCUUCCGUAACAAAGGGAAAGAAAAAAUAGACAAUAUCUUAGGACAAUUUUAGAUAAACAAAAGCAAAUGUGGGGCAGUAGCUGAUUUCUGUACAGUCACUGCAAUAGUGAUUUAAAUGGUAGUGUUGAAUGAUUUUGAAAUCUGUUACCAUGGAAACUACUCACAGUGAACUUGAUACA